AUGGAUAUAAACAUGAUUGACUUGAUGGAUUUAGAAGAUUUGGACAUGCUAGAGACCACUCGGCGACCUGAUAGACAUCGUCAACGUAUGAAUACUUUUGAAUUGAGUGACGAAAAUUUUAGGUAUAAGUAUAGGUUCUCAAAACGUUUCGGUAAAAAAAUUGUGGAUCUUUUACGUGAGGAUUUAGUGCACGACUCUCGAGGAUGCCCACUGAGUCCUGAAAUCCAAGUAGUUUGUGCAUUACGCAACUGGGCUCGCCAUGAAAUUCAAGACGAUACAGGUGAUUUACAUGGUGUGUCUCAACCAAUAGUCAGUAGGACAUGUAAAAGAGUAGCGGAAAUUUUGUCACGAAUGUCCCGAGAAUUUAUUAAAAUGCCUACUUCUUUAAAUGAACAACAGGAAACCAUUAGGAAAUUCCGCAGUAUUGCUAAUUUUCCUACAGUAAUUGGCGCAAUUGACUGUACUCACAUAAGAAUAAAGAAAGUAAAUGCUAAUGGGGGUCAGUUAUAUAUUAAUAGAAAAGGAUUUUCUUCAAUUAAUGUACAGGUGGUUUGUGAUGCUAACCUGAAAAUCAUGGACAUUGUUACUAGGUGGCGUGGCAGCGUACAUGACUCUAGAAUAUUCCGAGAAUGGGAAAUAUUAGGAGAAGACAGUUUAUUGAAAAUCAUUUUCAGUAGACAUAAUACUCAUUUAUAA